UCACCCGAGCGCAGGACAUGCACUACCUAGCGACAUAGAACUGCUAUAGGAUCAGACGGAUCCUUAUUUUUAAUUUAUUUAACCUUAUUUUAACCUGGACAGAACGACGAAUUUUGAAUUGGAGAUCUCAUCACUGAACGAAACAUUUGGAUGAUUCGAGUCCAUUGACAUUUCUAUAGGGAUAGAAAUAGUGUCCAGUUCCUCCCCAUAUAACGCUAUUCCUUAUUGAAGAACCCAAGACGCGCAUACUCACAAGCACAAGUGGCUUGCUUGAACCAGCAUCGUGGCUACUCUUCCAGCAGUGGCAUGUUCGAGGGAUAAAGCGGACAAAAUUGAACUCCUACCUAAGGAGGAUUCAAUGAAAAUGUCCGUCUGCGUCCACGAGAACCGCAAGUCGCGUGCCAGCACCGGCUCCAUGAACAUCUACCUGUUCCACAAGUCAUCGUACGCCGACAGCGUCCUCAUGCACCUGAACACGCUGCGGCAGCAGCGUCUCUUCACCGACGUCCUCCUCCAUGCUGGGAGCCGCUCCUUCCCCUGUCACCGUGCCGUGCUGGCUGCCUGCAGCCGCUACUUUGAGGCCAUGUUCUCUGGUGGGCUGAAGGAGAGCCAGGCCAGCGAGGUGGACUUCAGGGACUCCAUCCACCCGGAGGUCCUGGAGCUGUUAUUAGACUACGCUUACACGUCCCGGGUGGUCAUCAACGAGGAGAAUGCAGAGUCCCUCCUUGAGGCUGGGGACAUGCUGGAGUUCCAGGACAUCCGGGACGCCUGCGCCGAGUUCCUGGAGAGGAACCUGCACCCGUCCAACUGCCUGGGCAUGCUGCUGCUGUCCGAUGCCCACCAGUGUACAAAGCUGUCCGAGCUCUCCUGGGGCAUGUGCCUCAGCAACUUCCCAGCCAUCUGCAAGACGGAGGAUUUCCUCCAGCUUCCCAAAGACAUGGUGGUGCAGCUCCUGUCCCACGAGGAGCUGGAGACGGAGGACGAGAGGCUGGUCUAUGAGGCUGCCCUCAACUGGGUAAACUACGACUUGGAGAGGAGGCACUGCAACCUGCCUGAGCUGCUGCAGACCGUCCGCCUGGCGCUACUCCCCGCCAUCUUCCUCAUGGAGAACGUGUCCACAGAGGAGCUGAUCAAUGACCAGUUGAAGAGCAAGGAGCUGGUGGAUGAGGCUAUCCACUGCAAGCUGAAGAUCCUUCAGAACGAUGGUGUGGUGAAAAGCCCCUGCGCCAGGCCCAGGAAGACCAGCCACGCCCUGUUCCUGCUGGGAGGACAGACCUUUAUGUGUGACAAGCUGUACCUGGUGGACCAGAAGGCCAAGGAGAUCAUCCCUAAGGCAGACAUCCCCAGCCCCAGGAAGGAGUUCAGCGCCUGCGCCAUCGGCUGUAAUGUCUACGUGACUGGCGGGAGGGGCUCAGAGAACGGCGUGUCCAAAGACGUGUGGGUCUACGACACCGUGCACGAGGAGUGGUCCAAGGCGGCGCCCAUGCUCAUCGCCCGUUUCGGCCAUGGCUCGGCCGAGCUGAAACACUGCCUCUACGUAGUUGGAGGACACACGGCCGGCACUGGCUGCCUCCCCGCCUCGCCCUCAGUGUCCCUGAAACAGGUGGAGCAGUUCGACCCGGCGGCCAAUAAAUGGACCAUGGUGGCGCCACUGAGGGAGGGUGUGAGCAACGCAGCGGUGGUCAGCGUCAAGCUGAAACUCUUUGCCUUCGGAGGCACCAGUGUCACCCACGACAAACUACCCAAGGUGCAGUGCUAUGAUCCGCAGGAGAACCGCUGGACGGUACCCGCCUCCUGCCCGCAGCCCUGGCGCUACACCGCCGCUGCCGUCCUUGGAAACCAGAUCUUUGUGAUGGGCGGGGACACAGAGUUCUCAGCGUGCUCGGCCUAUAAGUUCAGCAGCGACACGUACCAGUGGACUAAAGUGGGAGACGUGACAGCCAAGAGGAUGAGCUGCCAGGCCGUGGCGUCAGGUAACAAACUGUACGUGGUGGGGGGCUACUUUGGCACACAGCGGUGUAAGACUCUGGACUGUUAUGAUCCGACGCUGGACGCGUGGAACAGCAUCACUACCGUACCCUACUCCCUCAUCCCAACGGCGUUCGUCAGCACCUGGAAACAUCUCCCUGCCUGAGCUGCAAGGGAUUCUGGGAAAGCCUGACACCUCCAUCCCAACCCCCCUCCCAUGAGAUUUCCCUGUUUUACAUCAUCCACUGGAUUCAAACUUGCUGUCUGUGCAAAAAAAAAAAAAAAAAAAAAAAAAAACUUCCAAUUUUUCUCCAUGAAUAGACCUGAACCAUGGUGUGAGUGUGAAAACACACCUUGAUCCAUCCUGAUGAUGCUGUGAGUACACAGACGUUUAAAGAACCAUCAAUGCUCCUGAGAGGACCUUGUACACAGAAUGAUGUCACAAUGUCAAUGAUGUCAUAUCAUUUCUGAGAGGGAGGUUUGGAUGUUGUUCAUGCAAACAAACUCAACAAACUGCUACUUGUGCUGUAAGAUAACAACAACUCCCUAAUCGCAGUGUACUAUCGGCAAAUGACGCCUCUGAUUCUCAGCCUUCCAUAAAAGAACCAUCAACAUACCAGUCAAUCACACACUCACACAGCCUUUAUCUCUUUCCAUUCAGUCAUGAAAGACUUGUAUUACUAUGUCGUUGCGCUUCUCACUCUGAUAAUUCUGUGAUAAGAAAAGAAAUAAGAAAAGAAAAAACACACCCUCUGCACAGGGACUUAUAAUAGCAUGAAGAAUACCUGGCUGGACAUAAGAGACAUAUGAGGAGAGAGAGGAGAGUGGAGGGUCAGUGAUCAGCGUGUGCGUGAUGGAGGGUCAGUGAUCAGCGUGUGUGUGAUGGAGGGUCAGUGAUCAGCGUGUGUGAUGGAGAGUCAGUGAUCAGCGUGUGUGUGAUGGAGGGUCAGUGAUCAGCGUGUGUGUGAUGGAGGGUCAGUGAUCAGCGUGUGUGUGAUGGAGGGUCAGUGAUCAGCGUGUGUGUGAUGGAGGGUCAGUGAUCAGCGUGUGUGUGAUGGAGGGUCAGGGAUCAGCGUGUGUGUGAUGGAGGGUCAGUGAUCAGCGUGUGUGUGAUGGAGGGUCAGUGAUCAGCGUGUGUGUGAUGGAGAGUCAGUGAUCAGCGUGUGCGUGAUGGAGGGUCAGGGAUCAGCGUGUGUGUGAUGGAGAGUCAGUGAUCAGCGUGUGUGUGAUGGAGAGUCAGUGAUCAGCGUGUGUGUGAUGGAGGGUCAGUGAUCAGCGUGUGUGUGAUGGAGGGUCAGUGAUCAGCGUGUGCGUGAUGGAGGGUCAGUGAUCAGCAUGUGUGUGAUGGAGAGUCAGUGAUAAGCAUGUGUGUGAUGGAGAGUCAGUGAUCAGCAUGUGUGUGAUGGAGAGUCAGUGAUCAGCAUGUGUGUGAUGGAGAGUCAGUGAUCAGCAUGUGUGUGAUGGAGAGUCAGUGAUCAGCAUGUGUGUGAUGGAGAGUCAUGUGAUCAGCAUGUGUGUGAUGGAGAGUCAGUGAUCAGCAUGUGUGUGAUGGAGAGUCAUGUGAUCAGCAUGUGUGUGAUGGAGAGUCAGUGAUCAGACCAGAGAAUAGAGGGACAAAGACAAAACCCUUCAGCUUGUUUAUAACCAGCUGAUCCACAAACUGAUCCAGGAUAUGCACAAUGAAGGAACAACAACAUCCCCUCUCUCUCCUCUCCUCCACUCUUCCGUUCUGUUCUGUCCCUCCCUUGUGUAUCCGAUACAUUAGACUCUUCUCGUUCCAUCUGGGAGAGAUUAUAUUGCUCUAUUGGCCACCAGUCCUUCUGCCCUAGCCAAGGAAGAGGAGAGAGAGAGAAAAAGAGAGAGAGAUGGACAACCUCCUCCCCCCUCUUCCCGUCCCCAUCACGUUUGGGGUUUAAAACAUUCUAAUGGGCGUUGGGAGUUCCUGUUUUGCAGUUUGGUGUGAGACCUGGCUCUAGCUGUCGCUACGUGUCCUGGGGACUUGAAGUGCCAGCACCAGCGGAGCCUGAGAGUGGGGUUGGGGAGGGGGUGACAUGACUACUGAUGUGAAGUUAUCCCCCCCGAACCCCAAAAGAAAGCCCAUUUUGGCAGUAGGCUACUACACUCUCCCGAUCCAAAAUAACAAAAAUCCAAGGACAAUGGAACACAGAACUGAAGAAAAUGCUCAUUCAAGCUCAGUUGUACUACACAAAAUACUGUUUAGUCUUGGACACUAUUUACUGAUUGUUCUGACGUUAUUCCAAUGAGAAGUAUUAUUUUGUUAGAGUACUGAUGGAUUGAUCUUCCACUUUGCCUAAACGGUGAUACUGAAUUCUUCAAAACAUCUACGUCAUGGGGACUUGAUAUGGUUGGCAUGAACUUCUCUGGUCAAGAGAAUCUUGCCACCUUGCUUACCCAAACUGAAACAUAAUAUAUUCAUUUUCUGAUCUUAAUGCAUUGUAUUAUGUUUCAUAAGUCUUCAUUUAUAAGAAAAUGACUUUACAUUGUUAGUUUAUGUAAAAAAUGCUUAAUCCUAUAUAUUCUUUCUCUGCCUGCAUUCAUACAUUAAUAAGUGAAUGAAUGUUUAUCGUUUUAACUGAGUAUAUCUUGCAUGGCCCAAGUUAAAGCUGCUCAAUUUUUUAUUUUAUUUGGGCUGCUUUUUUUGCACAGUUCAGUUUCUCCAAAAGUGGAACCUUAUCUUUGUAAUAAAGGGGGGUUGGAGGGGUGUAUGAACACCUCCAACCAUUUGGCCAGUGAGGUGUACAGAUCAGAGGUUAGAGGUCAGGGGUUACGGGUCAGAGUAGGGAUGGACAUGGGGAGGAUGGACGUCGCUCAGAUUACCCAGAGUGCAAGUGGCCAGGUCUGAGGGUCAAUAAGGCCUUGCGUAGAUAAUAUUUGUUUUAGAGGUAGACUCUGGGUAGUGUAACAUCUCACAUUUUAAUGUUGACUUCUAUGAGGCAUAUCUGCUUAAUUUGAUGGAAUUUAACUGACAGACUCUGGUCAAACUGGGUCCUAUAGUGCUACACCAAAUGGCCUUGUUGUUGUGUCAAUAGAGGCACUGCUAGAGGAAAACAACAACAACAAUGUUAAUGUUAAUUUGUAUGUGUUAGAAGCUAGUGUCAGAGGCAUGCAGUAACUGUCAGGAACAUCAGCACAGUGACACACAAACCACACAUGCACACACACACACCCUGUGACCCUGACACCGCUAGCCAGGCCCUGUGUAGUUAUGUGAGGAAUGUGAAGGGGCAGCUGGGGGACUGACUGUGUCACAUGUGCCCUGGACUCUACCCCUUCAGGCGUCCCUCUAGGUCCCCUCACUAGGUCCCCUCUGAGUCCCUCUUGAAGUCCCUGGGCCCUUUUAGUCCCACACUCAAAUAUUCAAUAUUCUGACUUGAGAUGAGCAUAUGUAAAUCAGACUUUCUUGUAAAUCAUUUAUUAAUGUCAAGGGGAGACUUCUCAAGUCAGAAUACUGCCCUUUUAGUGUAGUGUGAGAGUGAAAAUCAGGGGGAUGAGGAAGAGGAUGGGUAGUUAGUUGAAUCCUGUAAUCUUGGUGUUGAUAAGGGCAGGCAGACACUGCAGUGCUUUUCACAAUAGUGUCACUGAUGUAUGGGAGGAAAUAUGACAUGGGAGAGUUCCAAAGACCAAAAAAGAGAAUGUCUUUAAUACUUGCAUCCAAAACGUUGUACGUGCCGUCGUUGAUUGAUGGACUUUUUGUCUGUUUGUCUGUCUGGGUGGCCUAAACAUUGACAUAUACAGUUUAGCAUCAAUGAAAUCAUUAUGUAUGUCAACAAAAAAGCUAACAGUUGUAUAGAUUUUCCCAGGAUGUAUUAUGGAUGUAUUCAGUGAAUAGCCUCAACCCCUAAGAACUAAAUGGGCAACAUUCCACAUUCCUGUUUGAUUGUGUGAGCCACCCACUUCCUAGCCCACCUCCCAGGCCUACAAAAGCAGGAACCGUUUGAGGAAUUCUAUGGAGACUCAUUGGCUCCUUGAUGUCGACCCCCUAACCAACCCAUUCACAGAACACUGCACCACUGGCCUCACAAAUCAGACAAGCGGGUUCCUCCCUUUUAGAACACAAGUUACCCUGACAACGGUCAACAAUGACUGCCCCUCCAAUUUACACGUAAUUGUUGAGUGGCAUUUUUUCCCCCCUCUGUCAUUUCUCUUUUUGCCCCCUCUCUCUUCCCCCUUUAUCGUGAUUCAGCUCGGUCACUUGGGAGUUUAUUCUCCCCGGCAUGCUUGCUGUAGGCAUUCACCAAAAUGAUGUAAAAUUCAGACAGGAUGCAUCUUUAAAAGCACUGUUAUCAAUGUGCGUUUGUUUUCAUUUCUUUGUGAUGUCAAAGUGUAAUUUUAUUUCAAUUUCUUUACAACAUUGUUUUGUACAUGUGACUGAUUUUUUUCACAAUGUGAAAUUCAUAGCAAAAUAAACAUAAGAGUUUUUCCUCUUGA